AUGCUUGAGGUUGCUCCUGUCCACGUUAAUCGAAACGCAUGCUUGAUUGGACGUACUUGGCAUCCGCUAGACUCCGGUGGGAAAGUGAACGAGAGGAUCAGCGAUGAAUGCAUGCCCGGCCUAGUCCGAGAGGCGGAUGGUGGCGACCAUAUAGCCACGGUUUUAUUCAUAUCAUCACUGGUCGGUGGUUUGAUAGCACACAUAACUUGGCCUCGAGACCACACGCCCAGCGGUCCACGACUGAGACCAGAAGAAGACUACAUCUUGGACCCGCAUUGGGAUUUCAACGCUAAACCGAGCACGAGAGAAUACCACUGGACCAUUGCAGAGCACGAACUGAAUCCGGACGGGGUCUACCGCGACAUGAUCCUCAUCAACGGCAUGUUCCCCGGACCACUCAUUGAAUGCAACGAGGGUGACGAGAUUGUGGUCCACGUGUCCAAUCGUGGAAGCAAUGCUACUUCGAUUCACUGGCACGGUCUUUUCCAGAACGGAACGAAUUGGAUGGAUGGUACGGUAGGCGUCACACAAUGUCCCAUUGCACCGGGCAGAGACUUCACGUACAGGUUCAACGUUUCUCGGCAGACUGGAACAUAUUGGUAUCACAGCCACAUGUCGAUGCAAGCCUCCGACGGGGUCGUUGGGCCCAUAGUCAUCCAUUCUCGAAAAGAGGAGGAGCUACAGAAGAUUCCAUAUGCAGAAGACCGCGUGGUACUUGUAUCAGAUCACUACUAUGAUCUUUCGUCCGACCUCAUGAUGGACUAUCUCGCCCCGGAUCGCGAGAACGACGAGCCUGUGCCCCCAGCGGCCGUUAUCAAUGGUCGCCAGCAGCGCGAUUGCGCCACCGUCCCCAAUAGGAGAUGUGAUUCCUCGAAUCGUAAGAGGGCCCUCUUUGAUCUCGCUUCACACCACAACACACGACUCCGAUUCAUCAACGUCGGCGCCUUUGCGGAAUUCCAGAUCCAGAUCGAUGAGCAUGAGUUCUACGUGUCGGAGGUCGAUGGUACAGAUGUGAUGCCACAAGCCAUCCAUCGCCUCAAUAUCAAUCCCGCCCAACGCUACAGUAUCAUCGUCGUACCUCCAAAGUCGAACAAGGGUCUGUACUGGCUGCGAGCACGCAUGGUAACCCACUGCUUCGCCUACGAGGAGCCCGAACUGCAAGAAGAAGUCUGGGGCGUAGUCCGCUACUGGGGAUCUGACGAUGCUCCCACCCCGUCCAGCAAAGACUGGCCGGAAGUCAUCGAACUCGAAUGCAAAGACCUCAACACCAGCCUCCUCUCGCCAGUCAUCCCGCAACGUGCCCCCGCCCACGUCGACGACCAGAUCUACCUCCGCUCAACCUUCCAGAUCAAAGACUGGGCCCUGAGCCGUGGCUACCUGAACGACUCCUCCCACCACGUCUCCGCCGCCAACCCGGUCCUGAACCGCCUCUACGAACCCUCCACCAAGCCCUCCUCCUUCGCGGACUCCCUCUCCACCGCCCCUCCCGUCGGCAUCAACACCGCCCUCUCAGACCCCAAAACCGACGGCCUCGUCUACCAAACGACAGGGAUCCGCACCCUCGACAUCCUCGUCCAGAACUUCGACGACGGGAACCAUCCCUUCCACCUCCACGGCCACACCUUCUGGGUCCUCGCCACGGGACACGGGUACCCCCCGCCUCCCGCCGACCUGUACAGCCCGGGCCAUUUGGACCUGGAGAACCCGCUGCGACGUGACACGGCCAGCGUCGAGGCGUACGGGUGGACGCUGAUCCGCUUCGUGGCGGACAACCCGGGCGUGUGGGCGUUCCACUGCCACAUCGGGUGGCACGCCGAGGCCGGGCUGGCGAUGCAGUUCCUGGCGAGGGCGGACGUCAUACUUGUUCUUUGUCUGUGUUUAGGUUGGGGUUUUAUGUAG